AUGUCUAGUGUAGUGUAUAGGAAUUUAGUGACACAUAGUGGAGAUUUGGUUAAAAACCUAGCCAAAUUAACUCCAAAUGAGGAUUUUUACACCAUAGUUAAUUCUUUAAAAAAAACUACCCUAUCUACGUCUGACGCACUGACAGUGUUCAAUAUAUGUUAUACACAUAAUUACCGAGACAGACAACUCUUUAUUAAUUACAUAAAUCCUCUAGAAAACGCCUUUUUUGGCACCUUAGAGAAAACUGAUGAUAACAGGGACUACCGCAGCCUAAUCCUCAGCCUUCCUGUCCAAGCUAAGGUCAAAAUAAUUCUCGGGGACAAUGAAUCUAUUACAACAGAUAAUCAAACAGCAAACUUUAGUAUAUGCAAAAAAUUUCGAGUAACAGACCGUCUAAUAAUAGAUGCAGAGAGAUAUGAAAAGGCGGGACUUAAAAAAUUGAAGAGAGUAACCACUGCCAAAUUCACCAAGCCAAUAAUCCAACAACAUGUCCCAGGUAUCAGACUGGCCAAAUCACUUGCUUCUUCCAUUAGAGAAUCAAUCGGAACUUUAAAUAUUAAUGAUUUGGGUCAUAUUUGCAAAAUUUUCACCGUCAAACACCCCCUCACAGGCAGUCUGAUUGAGGACACCAUCCACGCACUAGUUGACGCUAUAUCUAAACAAGAAAUAUCAGCACUAUCACAGAUUAUUACCGACAUUUCUACGUUAUAUCUUGCAGCACAAGAUAGGUAUAUUGAGUUACAACUCGAUGGUAUUGAUUCUGUUGAUUACCCUCCAGUGGUAUAUCCAACAUACAUUAGUGAAUUGGGCAAAAUUAUUGACAAUUGCACAACACACAUUAAAUCGCAAAACAACGCUAUUAUGAUCAGUCAAGAAGACUCUAGGAAGAUUGCAACUAAUUUGUUGUGUGGAGGACUAAAAAAAUUUAAUAUUGUUACGAUAAAUUUCUGGUUAAAAAAUGCUAAUGUACAAAUCUCAAAUUAUGAUAAGAAAUGA